UUCCCUCCUUCAGCUCCUUCCAAAUUCUCCAUAUCCUUUCUUCUCUCUCUCUCUCUCUCUCUCUGGUUUAACAUUUUCAGUUCACAAUUCACACCUAAUUUUCUUUCUUGUUUAAACUGAGCUUAUAAUGGAGAAGAAUGAGCAGAGAGAGACUCGCGAUUUCAUGAACGUUGACUCCUUCUCUCAGCUUCCGUUUAUCCGCCCUACCGGCACGCCGAUGAAAGCGGAGAAAGGCAUUAGGCUGUUUGGCAAAGACUUCGGCGGUGGCGGCGGCGGCGCGGAGGAUGAGUCCGAAUCAAACGACACUAACCACGCGCCGGCCGCCGCCGGCAAAGACAAUGACAGCAACGGCGGCGAAAGCAGCCGGAAAUUCGAGUGCCACUACUGCUGCCGGAAUUUCCCUACUUCCCAAGCCCUCGGCGGCCACCAAAACGCCCAUAAGCGGGAACGGCAGCACGCCAAACGGGCGAAUCUCCAAUCCGCCAUGGUCCACGGCGGCCUCUCCGCCGCCGACGCGCAGCUCUACGGCCUAAUCAACUACCGCAUAGGCUCCGCUCCGGCCGCCGCGCCGCCCAUGCCUUAUCACCAUCACCACCACUCCCAGCCGUGGAGCGGCGGCACUAGGGUUUACGGCUCCCACGUCGGCUCCAACCCUUACUCCCAACCUCCUAUCAACGGAAGUCCACUCGCCCUAUGGCGCGUCCCCACCGUUUCGCAUAAUUCGCCGCCGCAGUCGGCUUACUUCAGCCGCGACCGCUCAAUGCAUCCGUUUCUGGCAAAGGAAGCCGCCGAUCUGAAGCCGCCGUCUUCCAUGAUCAGUAGCGCCGCCGCUACUCAUCAAAUCCGGUUCGGGUACGACCCGAAGCCUCCCAGCGUCAAAGAUAAUCACGUGAGUUUAGAUCUACACUUGUAAUAACCAUAGCUUAAUCCUUCGUUUUUACUCCAUCUUUUGUAUUAGCCCGCAGAUGACCAAAUUUUCAAGAACAGUUUCAUAUAUAUAUAUAAUAUUUUUUUUUCCUUUAAA